AUGAUUGGAGUCUUCUUCCGCUGUGUCUGGUUGGAUACGUCCUUACAGAUGAUCAUAACCCAAGAGGCUAACCGGACUACUCUAUUUUGGCGUAUCAUUGAUCUGGUGCCUACUCCAGACGACUGGCCUUGGGUGAGAGUUCCGUUCAUAUCGCUCCACAACACCCCUCCGCUCGUCUUCCGACACGAGAAGUUUCAAUUCAAAUUCCCGUUGGUCAUCCUCGCCGUGCUUGCUCAAACAGAAUGCAGCUUGCGAGGAGUCGCGAGCUCCGCCCCAGCAGAGACAGUUCGCGGCAUGUUGCCCUCACUGUACGCCGCGCUCUCCUUGAGCAUCAUCUAUCGUAUUACCAUCAAUUUCCCCGAACUGCCCUAUUCCGAACUGCAAAAUGUAGGAUCUCGACAGUUUCUGCGCUCUUCACGCGACAUUGCUAGUUCAGUCGACAAGUUAUUAGCUAAUUUACCUGGACAACACAGCACCAGCGUCUAUCAGUACAGGUACCACAAGGAUCUUGGCACACUCGCGUACCUUGAAGUGCAUUCGGAUGAGCUGUCAGACCGUGUGAAGUCGCGGAUCCUUAGCGCGUUGAAGCACGGUUCCAUCGGUCUCCAGCGAGCAACCGCCAACGGAUUCGAAUUCCACGUCAUCCGAGAUGCGAACUCAAACUGCUCGGCGACCGAGUUUCAGUGCCUAGAUGGUGGCUGCGUCGAUGCAACACUUCGAUGUGACGGUCACAAGGAUUGUGGUGACGGUUCGGACGAGUCAGCCAAACACGCCUACUGCCGAAGUUCUACGCCACUGAUCUACCAGACGAACCGUGUUGUGUACGUCCCAUCCGGAGGAAGCGCCCUUUUGUCCGCAGUCAUAGACGAGUUGCCAAAAAAUCAUCAGGUACUAUGGUCUCGAAAAGGAAAAAUCAUCGGCGAAGGAUCGCUCUCAAAUUCCCGGGAUCCCCGAGUGAACAUCUAUCGAGCGACGUCCGAGUACUUUCUGAGGAUAGACAAAGUUACCGCUGAUGAUGCCGGAGAGUACACACUUACUAUUAGCGGAAUGGGAGUUGAUGCGACAUUCGAGUUACGAGUUUCUGAGGAUGCCGUGAAGCCAGCAAGUGUUGGAUGUCCAAAAAACGAGAGGAUGUGUCGUUCCGGUCAUUGCUUGCCGGUUUCUCAGUUUUGUGAUCGAAUCGUUCAAUGCCCCGACGGUGACGAUGAGCAGAAUUGCACUACCAUCAAAUGCUCUUCGUCCGAAUUCCGAUGUGAAUCGACCAAUUCCUGCGUUCCAGAUGUAGUAAGAUGUGACGGAUGGAAAGAUUGUCAUGAUGGAAGUGACGAGGCGAACUGUACGCUGUCGAAACAUUCACAUUCGCAUCAUCACAUCCAUCAUCAUCGUAAAUUUUCUCGCCUUACCGUUACAUGCGAAGAUGGCACCGCGCCGGAAUACAGUUUACAUGGUUCCAGUUACUGUUGGUCAGACUCGGUUUGUCCGACUGAUACCAGUUGCAUCCAAGGAUUGUGCUGUCGUGCUGGAAGAGCAGUAGAAAGAAUGGAGAGAAGGAGUUCUUCACAAUGCUUAGCUAGAUUUAUAGAAGUUGCAAAGAUUCCGUCCUACGAGUCAUCACUGACGGAAUGA